AUGGGUGGAGCUCUUCUGCGGCUCCUAGGCUUCUGCUUCUGGGCAUUUCUAUGGCUCUCCAGCUUCGUCGCAGUGGACGCUGUUGGGGCUUCUCCGCCUGCUGGGGCCAGCAAGGGGACCGCCGUCGUCGAUGGGACAACUGCCAUUGCGGUCACUGACGAUGACUUCGUUUGCGCUACGCUGGAUUGGUGGCCGCCGGAGAAGUGUGAUUACGGGACUUGUAGCUGGGGCCUCGCAUCCGUGCUCAAUCUGAAUCUUUCCAACAAGAUUUUAUUGAAUGCUGUUAAAGAAUUUUCUCCAUUGAAACUCCGCAUUGGGGGCUCCUUGCAAGAUAAGGUCAUAUAUGGCGUGGAUCCUCAACAGCCAUGUACUCCUUUUAUUAAGAAAAAAUCUGAGAUGUUUGGUUUUUCUCAAGGCUGCCUACCCAUGCAUAGAUGGGAUGAACUCAAUGGUUUCUUCAAAAAAGCCGGAGCUGUAAUCAUUUUUGGGCUGAAUGCCCUUAAUGGAAGGGUUCAUUUGCCGGGUGGUUCUUUAGGAGGACCCUGGAACUCCACCAACGCUGCAUCUUUUAUUCACUACACUGUCAAUAAGGGUUACACUAUCCAUGGUUGGGAGCUUGGUAAGAGUCAUGUCCCAUUUAGAUUCCUCACUUCAUAA